AUGGCAUCAUUACAGGAGGAGCUCCAGGAUACGCCAUUCACCCGCAAAACGAGACGCGACAUUCUCCAAAACCUAUGGCCCGCCUUGUUCGAAGCCGAGGCGGAAUACCUCGACUGGGACGCGUACUUCGACUACUACGAAAGCCAGUGCGACCACGCGCUCCACCAGCAGGGCCGGCACAUCCUAGUCCGGACGCAUCAGCACAUCGUCGACAUAGCCCAGCAGCUAGAAGAGGGCGCCACUCGGGAAUCAAUUAAAGAGAACCUCAAGACACUAUUCACAUCGCCCAGCCCGCCGAACGAAGACGAAGUCCUGGACAAUUCCAUCGACCUAGCCGUCCGGCUGUACCUCAUGGUCAACAUCGGCGCCAACAAAUCCACCAUAACACGAGGCCAGAAGCUCGUCUGGGCGUCCGGCAGCCUGAAGCGUUUCCUCGCAGACUACUUCAACGAGCCCCCAGUCCUCAGCAACAGCAACGUGCGCUUCGAGAAGGCCUUCACGGCGUCCAACAUCGAGCGCAUCGCCGGCAUCAAGAUCGUCCUGACAGACAACAUCGCCGACCACCUGCGCAUGGUCGACGACGACGACAAGCGCGUCGCGAUAUUCCACCACGCCUCGUUCCUCAAAUGGCAGACGAGCGCCCUCUUCCCGCCCGGCCUCGUCGACGAAACCCUCCGCACUCUCGCCCUGCUCUUUCCCAAGCAAGCCCCCCAAACGAAGAAAUGGUUUCUUUCCCUGCCCCCAACACCCCUCGCAGACCGCCAGCUCGUCGCCUGCGACCAGCUGCGCCUUGACGACCGCCAGAUCGAAACGUACCGCUUCUGGCACGACCGGCUCAUCAUCCUCAAGCAAGCCUUCGAUGAGUCGCGGCCCGCGAGGCUGUCGCAAUGGUGGCAUGACCGACGCAACGGGUACCAGUGGUACACGUUUUGGGUCGCUGUAUUUGUACUGUUCUUGACGAUUUUCUUUGGGCUGGUGCAGAGUAUCGAGGGCGCAUUGCAGGUAUAUAAAGCAUAUCAUCCUACGUCGAGGUGA